GCAGGUUCAGAAAAUGAACCGUAGUGCUCGUGUUUCUGUGCGAUGAGAAUUUUUGCGGAGAAAACGGAAAUCUGUAUGCCUGCGAAGCCUGCUCCAUCUCGAAAUUUUCACCAUGGCAGGCAAAAACGACGAACCGGAUGUGAAGGCCAAGCUGAUCCUUCUGGUGAAGAAGGAGGUGAAGCAAAUUAUGGAAGAAGCCGUCACGAGAAAAUUCAUCCACGAGGAAAGCGGAACCGUGACUUCUCUCUGUGGUGCUGUUGAAAGCUGUUUAUCACACGGACUUCGUCGAAGAGCUCUCGGACUCUUUAAAUCCAGUUCUACAACUGCCUUGAUACAGAAAAUAGGGAAAACCUUCGGGCCUGCCGGAGAUGUCAGCCGAAUCCUCACUGAAUUUGAAUCCGUGGAGCCAGGGAAAUCCGUUUUGCGGACUGUGGGUAGUCAGGAUUCCUUAUUUCAUCAAGGCAGCAGCAAAGCCGUGCUGCAUAAAACUCAUUCGCAAAGCAUGAGCUCAGCAUCUUCAAUGAGUGUCAGCGGGGCUGGAGGAUCUAGUCUUGGAAUCAAAUACUUGUGGAUUCGUAUUGCAUUGUUCGAGAAAAAACUGGCAAAAAUUAUCGAUUUCUUGGUUCAGAACAGCAGUAAAUUUUACGAUAAGGAUGCUCUAGUUUGUGACCAAGAUUACGGACCGAUUUUGAGCUCUCUACUCGUUGGACCAUGUGCAUUGGAUUAUUCAAAGCUGAAAACAGCGGAUCAUUGGAUAUCCGAUCCACCUGCCGACGAGCUGGUUCAGCGUCACAGGAUGUCUUCGAAUUGUUUCGGUGUGACCAAUUCUCACAGUUCCGCACCGUCAACUCCACCUACAAAUAGGAAACUGGGAUUGCAGUAUCGUCGACCACUCAGUGGUGUAACCACGUCGGAGGAAACAAAUGGGAUUGGUCGUAAUGUCCAUCUUCGAGUCAACAUUCCUCCAUCUGCAAAAGAUUACGUUGAGUCAUUGCACCAGAACAAUAGAGUCACGCUGUUGUAUGGGAAGAACAACGUCGUUGUGCAGCCACGACCGGAUGUGAAGCCAUUGCCGGGUUAUUUAUCGCUGCACCAGAAUGCAUCUGGUAGUCUGAGCAUCCGCUGGACACCGAAUGAGAUGAUGAGUGCUGGUGGGGAAGAUCAAGAGAUUUCUGAAGGCACGGACUCCUCUUCGUCUGCGACCAUUCUUCAGAAUGGAUCGGCUGUAUCGCCUUCAUCUGCAGACGUGCCUGAUGGAGCCGAUAAAAGUAAAUACUGGGAGUACGCCUUGAACAUCAGGGUCAGCGAACUCGUUUAUCUUCAUUGUCAUCAGUUCGCUGGUGAGCGGGUGUUCGUCGAUGCUGGUGGAGGAACUUUGGCGCUGGUUGGUCAGGAUGGAGUACAGAGACCACCAAUCCAUUUUCCGCCUGGAGGACACUUGUUAUCGUUUCUUUCUUGUCUUGAAACUGGGCUAGCUCCGAAUGGAUUUUUUGAUCCACCGUUGUGGUCAGAAACCGACGAAGAAGGUAAAGCGAAGCCGUUGCUUCGAAGACCCGGUGGUAAAGAAAGCGUAGAAGGUGCCACCCUGGUCCCUGUUACGGAAGAAGAAAAAGGUAGAUUCCAAGAUUUCGAACAGCCUGAUGAUGCUACGGAAGCAAGUGUCACGGAUUGUCCGAAAAAAGACGUCAAGUCGAUAACGGGCGGUCUUUCGGGAGAUUACGUCUUUCGACUAGUGAUGAAGCCUGUGGGUAAACCUGAAGAGUUGUUGUCUUCCGGAUCCGGCUUGUUUUCGGCGCUCUCUCCUCGCACACCGGCCGGGUUUUUCACCGCCCCGACAUCGCCGUUGCCGAAAACGCCGAGGAUUGGAGCGAUUGCUUCGACAUCGUCGACUUCAUCUACGUCAACGUCACAGUCGUUGUCCUUUCACGAAGGAGAAAAUCGUCCCCCGCUUCAGCCGUCUGGGGACAGUAUCCAGUUGGUUUGUGACAGAAUGAAGCAUCAGAUCAUGUCGCGAGCAUUCUGUGGUUGGUUGGCCCAUUGCCGUCAUCUGAAAACUGUCAGGAAGCACCUUGCAGGUCUUGUUUAUCCAACUGCGGUUUCGUCCGGUGAGCCGAAAGAUGCGAGUGCCGGACUUACAAAAGCUAUCUGGCAGCAGAUGAGAGACGGUCCGGAAGGUCGAAUUAAAGAACCCGCGUCUGAAAUUUAUCGUCUGAUCUACUUCGGCGGGAUCGAUCCGGAAGUUCGCAAGGAUGUCUGGCCUUACGUUAUGGGACACUAUCAGUUUAGUUCGACGUUAGAGGAGCGCCAGGCGAUCGACGUGGCGGUCGAGGCUCAUUUCGAAGCAACUAUGUCAGACUGGACAGCGGCAGAAGCAAUCGUGAAACAGCGCGAACGUGAACAGACUGCGCGAGCCCGUCGCACUUUAUCUUCAACCACUUCCAGUUCGACGUCCUCGGCGAGAACUGCGAAAGCAGAAGUUCUCACGAAAGUUGGGAAAAGCUUGAGCAACGAAGUUUUUGAGACAGAAGCUGAGGUCGAGUCGAAGGAUGCACCAAAAGAAGAUACUGAAGCUACCGAAACUCCCGCCUCGCCAGCAUUUGCGACGAGUUUAGGAAACGGUUCCGGUAGUGUCAAGCCGGAAGUUGGUAAGCUUCCGUCGCCAAUCCAGGAAGAAAGAUCGUCGUGUUCGUCUCCGCCGUUUGAAUCGGACGAUGAUAAUUCGUCGUCGCCUGCAUUGUCCCCUGUGAAUCAACGCCGAAAAUUCCUCGCUUCUGCUUCCUCUGCUGCUCAGGACGUUGCUGGUACGAAACCCGCGUCCACGCGUUUGUCGUCGACCUCAUCUGCCGAUUCCUCCUCUUCAUCUUCCAUUCAAGAGGGUGAAGUCUUUUCGAAAGACGUAUUGGAGAACUUCGGCUGUAACCUUCAGCGAAUUGAAAAAGAUGUUCUGCGAUGCGACAGGAAUUAUUGGUACUUCACCCCGGAAAAUCUCCAGAAACUACGCAACAUUAUGUGCACGUACGUCUGGGAGCACCUAGAAUUCGGUUAUCUUCAGGGGAUGUGCGAUUUGGCGGCACCGUUGCUUGUUACAUUCGACCAAGAGCCACUGACGUACUCGUGCUUCUGUCAUUUGAUGAUGAGAAUGCAACACAAUUUUCCGAACGGAGGACAGAUGGAUAAUCACUUUGCCAAUAUGAGGUCGUUAAUCCAAAUACUCGACAGCGAAAUGUAUCAGUUGAUGCAGCAGAACGGCGAUUACACGCAUUUCUACUUCUGUUACCGCUGGUUUUUGUUGGAUUUUAAAAGAGAGCUGGUUUACGAUGAUGUUUAUCGGGUUUGGGAAAUCAUCGCUGCUGCGCGACAAGUGGCCUCACCUCAAUUUUUCCUUUUCAUUGCCAUGGCGUUGGUUCAGUAUUACAGGGAAAUAAUUUUGGACAACAAUAUGGACUUCACAGACAUCAUCAAAUUCUUCAACGAAAUGGCGGAGCAUCACAAUGUCAACGCCGUCUUGAAGCUCGCGAGAGACCUCGUGCUGCAAUUACAGACGCUGAUCGAUGACAAAUGAACUUCCUUUUCAAUAAUGCAUCAUUGCUAAGUUUACAUACGUUUAAGCUUUCGUAUCAACUGCAUUUUGUCCCUGUUGAACUGUUGGAGGAGUGUCAGCAUGAAACAAGAAUCCUAGUUGUGACGUUUUGGGUGCUUCAAGCUCGAUUCAGAGCUGUAUAAAAGCUUGCAUGGAUGUGAUUUCUCGUUUGCUGUUGCGCGGAGACGACGAACUUUUAAUGACGAAACAUGGGAAGUACAAGACUUGAAAUGUACAUGACAGCAGAGCGUUGAUGUUGUGACGUAAAAGAGUUCGUGCUUUUCGAUUUACUUUGAGCUUUUAGAAAAAGAACAAAACAUACGAGAACUAAUGACGAAGAAUGAAAGAAAUGGCUUGUUCAGUUUAUAUUGGAAUUAUCCAGCAUUUUCUCGUCGCGUGCAUGUGCCAUUCAAAUGAAAAAAAUGCAAGGAUUUUAAUUUUAUGCGUUUUUAAAAGUUCAGAGGAACGUUUUUCGUGAUGGUUUUGUUGUUCGUGUUCAGCACUGCUUUUUGUCAAACUGCGAAUCGCACGAAGGUCAUGUUUGAGCCAUAUGUUUCUUUCGACAUAUUCGAAAGGCAAAUCGUGCAAAUGUGUACCGUUGAUGCUUCCAUGUGAUUUCGAAGCCAUUAUUUGUGACAGUUCAUGUUUGUCCUGGCGUUUGUUACGCACCUGCGUUCAAAAAAAAAAAGUGGUGAGAUCGUUUCGAUAUUUUUGCGCUUUGUGUUGCUAUGAACCGGAAUGAAAUUUCCUUUUGGGAUUGCGGCGGUUAUCAAAAAGUUUCAUCUGGUGGUAAUCCGAAGAAUGGAUUCUCGUCGUUGUUCGAUGAAUUUUCACCAAGAGUCAUGUUUGAUUUCAACGAAAAAAACUAGAUUUGGAAGCUGCACUCAGGUGCCAAUGGUGAAGUACAACGUCUGAAGUUAUCAGAAAACAUUACCAAAUUAUAUCCUUGAUUUCGAGUUUUUUUUUAUCAACUGUUACAAAGAGGUUAUUCUCAGGAGAAUUAUUGUCGCGGUUGAAAGGGUGUACCUGGAUCAAAUGUUGAAAAUUCAUAAUUUUUUAUGUAAAAAUGGAUGAGCUUCUUUUUUCGGAACACCACUUGAUGAAACGCCGUGAACCGGGUUGUGACAUUUGGUCUUUGUCAUUUUCUUUUUCGCGACUGGUCAAGUUGCAAUUCUCGAGUAUGUCGUUGUCGAGUGCGCGGGUGCUUCCUGUCGGCACCUCGCCGAUGUUCGCCUUUAUUUUGCUGAUUGUUGAUUUAUGUGCGUAACGACGAAAGAAAGAAAGUAUUCGUGUUGGGCUAGGCAUAUCGUUCGCAGCGGUCUAAUAGUCGAUGUUUCCGAGAAGACAGAUGCGUUUAUCGAUGUUCCGCGAAGCUAUACUGAAGAAUUUAUCCGUUAUCGCUGACGAGAAUCUAAUUAUUUCAUCGUAUCGACACUCGAAGCGUCACUUGAAUGGGCUCCGUAAAGGCGUGUAGCACCUCCAGGAAACGAUAAAUACCCUAUUUACGCGAGUAUGAGAAGAAAGUUUUACUUAAGAGAAUAAAUUGCGUCUUGAGAUCGUAAAUAAACUACUAGUUCAUCAGGUACUGUAGUUCAAAGAAGUGUGUUGGUUUAAAUCAUAAAUAUUUUACCAGCUGAUAAUUUUCCUCGAAGGAUAAUGUUGAAGCGUAGUUGAAAAUUAACCCCAAUAUUUCCUUGAAAAAGUCGAGAUUCAUUGAACACGUUGACUGUCCGCAAAAGUAAUCGAAGGCUCCAAUGAAUAAUUUGUCCUAAAGAAACUCCUUUCUUUAUUGGCAUACUUUUGUUGAUCACCUAGUUGGACCAAGGAUGAGAAGUCCAUUGUAUGAAGAAUAUCACUGUUGACGAAAGUAAGAGAUAUUCUACAGGUACUUGUUCGACAUCAAAGUUCACUUCACUUAUAAGAAAAUCUUUGCGCAUUCAUUUGUGGUCAGUCUCGUUAACGGACAGUGUUCAAAGAGAUUUACUUCGUCGCAGAUUUUUGGUGAUCUUUGUCUUUGUUUUAUGAAAGAAUUGAACAAUACCCUGCACUCCUGUGAGGCAAAUGACUGCCUCUUGUAAACGCAUACAAAAUUCUUGAAAAACUGCGAAAUAUAGGUGCAAUCUGAGAUGAAUUAAUGCUAUUAAUUGUAUCUGUAACGUAAAUCCCACUCCUGUUAUACUGUAAUGAUGAAUAAAAAGCACCAAGAGGGAUUCCGGUGCUUCCGUAAUUUUGCGUCUUUUAAUUCCGAGACUGAAACUCGGUGAUCCUUCGAGAGAGUUGGUUUCCCUUGUAGUCUGAGCCUUCCUCUUCAUUCGGAGAUUUUAAAAUUCUGUUUAUUUUGCAGAAACAUUUCAGCCUAUAAAAAUGUUGAAGGCACUAUACGCGCUCCCAUUCACGGUGCUGAAAGUACCAAAUUUGAAGCUGAAACGGCCCUCAUGGUUUCAUAAGCCCUCGACAAUGACCGUGUUCGCGUUGAUCCUGUGUUCUUAUUUCCUCGUGACUGGAGGUCUUAUUUAUGAUGUGAUUGUGGAACCACCAAGUGUUGGCUCAACCACCGAUGAACACGGGCAUUCAAAACCGGUGGCCAUUAUGCCCUACCGGAUAAAUGGACAAUACAUCAUGGAGGGGCUGGCGUCCAGCUUCAUGUAUAUUCUGGGAGGUCUUGGAUUCAUAAUUUUUGAUCGAACUUUGGAUUCGUUGACUGCCAAGCGUCGUAUUAUGCUGACGUCAUUGGGAUUCAUCAUGGUGCUGCUGUCAUUCUUCGCGUGUUGGAUCUUUAUGCGUAUAAAAUUACCGGGAUAUUUACAAUCGUGAUGAACUUAUGUGACUUAGCUUCUCCAACAAGGUUAUGCGGCUUUCUGUUUUUA